AUGGAUCGAAAAUUCAGUCCAAAAGAUCAGGAAAUUGCUGGAAGGUGUAAUCUAUAUCUUUUAUUGAUAUGUCAAGGUAAUGGAUUAAUUUUAUCUGUGAAGGAAAUCGAAGAACGUCUUGCGGAGCUUCGUGGAGUUCCUGUGAAUCAUAAUCGUCAUCCAUCAUCGAUUGUUUUGCCGAAAGAAAAAGUUGUGCAUGAAGCAGUAAAAAAUCUCCUUAAUAAGGUUAGAGAUGAAGUUAGGCUCAAUAAGAAGUGGGAUCAUGAAAUAUAUGCAAACUCAUCUCGUGAAGGAGAUGUCUUGUUCGGUGAAUCUACAAUUCGAGAAUUAAAAGAUAUUGAGCGUGUUUUAAGAGAAGCACAAAAUGAAACAGAAAAAGUAUCUGUAUUAUCAAAAUUUUAUCAGAUUGAACGAACUGAGAUUUCUGGGCUUAAACGGCUAAUUAAACAAGAUUCAUUAAAUAACGAGAGAAUUAAUGCAACCAUGCGAGAAUUUUGGGAGAAAAGAAAUUCAGUGGAAACAUUAAGUGACGAUAGUAGUAAAGGGGAUGUUGAUGAUGAAAUUAUACAAAACCUGGAGAUUUUCGAUGUCUUAUGUCGCUGUAAAAGUGAUAAUACUGCACAAUCAGUAAAAAAGGUUGAUUCUGAUAAUAAGCAAACGGAAGCCAUGGUUAAGAAUAAAUUAUGGAGUUAG